AUGACAGGAUGUCUAUCCGUAAAUUACAAUGUGCAUUACAAAGUGCACACAUAUGGCAACCUUCUCAUGUCAUUGACCAACCAGAGAAAUCAAAAGGCAAAGAGAGAAGAAACGUGGUGUAGGAGAGUCAACUAUUCAACAGCACCAAGGAAUCGCUCCUUAAUUACCCGAAGAAGUCAACCGAUGGAUUAA